UCUUUAUGAACACGUGUGCUUGUUUUAACACGUGUGUUUGUUUUUAUUGUUUACCAGUCCUGUCGUUAUUUUCCAAGUUGUUCUCUUUGUGUUGUCUGAUUUCCCCCUAGGCCCUAAAUGCAAAUCAGCACAUGUAACGCGAUGCUUUCCUUUGUGCUGUCAUCAAGUAAGCUACCGUACGGCCGGUUCUGUCCAUCCACCCAGUCCCCAUGUAAACCCCGGCCCUGACUGCUCUGUUUCUGUCAGUACUGACUCUACAGCCGUGAGGAUCUGUGUCGUCGUGAAAACAUCGUGCAGUACUUUGGAGCAGCUGUGCAUUUUGGACUGGAAGUUUGACCAACAUGGCGGCAAGAGCUGAAUCUCAUCUGGAACAAGAGGAAGGGGAGACUGGACAGGGAGACCAGGAUUCUCCAUGUACCCACAAGUGUAGCGUGUGUCACAAGGCGUUUCGUUAUCAAAGUCAACUAACAAGUCACAUGCAGACUCACACCAAAGAGAAACUGUACGGAUGUGAGGAAUGCGACAAAAGAUUCAGUUGGCAGGGUAGCCUAAAGAGACAUAGGAUGACUCACACCGGUGAGAAACCGUACAGGUGUGAUUACUGUGCAAAACAGUUUCGUCAGCCGUCAAAUCUAACGGCACACUUGCGGACUCACACAGGGGAGAAGCCGUACCAAUGUGAGGAGUGCGGCAGGCGGUUUAGUGAGCUGUCACAAGUAAGGAACCACAUGCGGACUCACACGGGUGAGAAACUGUAUCAAUGUGAGGAAUGUAACAGGUGUUUCGGUACGCUGAAUAGACUGACGGCACAUAUCAGAAUCCACACCGGUGAGAAACCGUACAAAUGUGAGGAGUGUGGCAGGCAGUUCAGUAGGCCCGAUCAUAUCAGGAGACACGAACGGACUCACACAGGGGAGAAACCCUACACGUGUGAACAGUGUGGUAGACAGUUCAACGAGCUGUGUCAUCUGAAGAAACACGUAAGGACUCAUACCGGUGAGAAACCGUACCAAUGUGAGGAGUGCAGCAAACAUUUCACUGCGCAGACCGAUCUGAAGAGGCACAUGAGGACUCACACAGGGGAGAAACCCUACAUGUGUGGGGAGUGCGGCAGGCGAUUCGGUUGGCUGGAUAGUCUGAAAUACCAUGUACAGACUCACAAGAAGUAGAAACCCUACAGAUGUGAGGAGUGUAGAAAGCAGUUCACUACUCUGUGCCAUCUCACACCGCAAAAAACUGUAGAUAUAAAGAUACCAUCAAGUGGCUCAGUCACGAAAAUAGCUAGCAGAAAUUAUUUGUGGAUGUUUGAUUCAUGGGAAAGGUGAGAGAUGCUUAGAUAUGCUAGAUCCAACUAUGUUGUUCUUUUACCAAUUCGGCCUCAUAUUUACGGUUUUCUUUCACUCUCUGUAUUGUAAUUUCUACAUUGUAAAAUGAAAUUGAUAGAGAAUAGGUCAAAAGACCACUUCAUGUUAUUCUAUAUG